AUGGCUGAAGGUACCUUUCUCGGUACCUACGGUCAUUGCGCCGAGCUCCUGGCGAACGUUCCGCUCUCGGUCCUCCUCGUUACCCUGGUCGCAACUCUCGCUGGUCUGUCCGUCCUGUUCUACAUCACUCUGUACACCGUUGCCCCGAUCCCACGGAAGCCGUUCCCUGAAGAAAAGAAAUAUCGUACGCUCCUGAAGAAUGGAUCGAUCACGGAGCCCCUCGAUUUACCUUGCUGGCAAGAUGCCCUAGACGCUCAAAAAUGCCCCGGUCGGGUUCUCGACCACACCUCGAUGGAGGAAGCCGACUUGUUCAUGUCAUUGGUAGUACCCGCAUAUAAUGAGGAAGACCGUCUGGCGGGCAUGCUGGAAGAGGCAGUGGAUUACCUGGAAAAGGUCUAUGGCACGGUAACAAACUCCGCCAAUGGCGCUGAGACCGUUACGGCGGAAAAGGCAGUGCGUCAACGGAAACAGGCCAAUGGGCACACCAAUGGUUCUGCGACUCAUCGUCCGGUACAUGACAACAAGGGGUGGGAAAUCAUUAUUGUCUCUGAUGGCUCCAAGGACAAGACAGAAGAGAUAGCAUUUACAUUCGCUCGUGAUCAUCAACUCUCAAUGCACCCCAAGGGCUACGCCGGCCCUUGGACUUCGGGGACGCAUGAGGGUGUCCGCAUUCCCCCGGGCACUAUCCGGGUGGUGUGUCUGACAGAGAACAGGGGCAAGGGUGGAGCCGUCACCCACGGCAUGCGACAUGUCCGUGGCCAGUAUGUUGUAUUUGCAGAUGCCGACGGUGCGAGCAAAUUCGAGGAUCUAGGAAAGCUUGUCGCGGCCUGCCAGGAAAGCGAGGACGCGAAAGGACGCGGAGUGGCUGUUGGAUCUCGGGCACACAUGGUGGGAAGUGAAGCUGUAGUCAAGCGCUCGAAGCUGCGCAACUUCCUCAUGCAUUCAUUUCAUCUGAUCUUGUGGCUGCUGACACCCUCCAAGACGGCCACUAUUAAGGAUACGCAAUGUGGAUUCAAGCUGUUUUCCCGGGCGUCGCUGCCGUACAUUAUUCCUUAUAUGCACUCCGAGGGAUGGAUCUUCGACGUGGAGAUGCUUAUGCUCGCCGAAUUUGCCGACAUCCCCGUGGCCGAGGUGCCCGUUGGAUGGAGAGAGGUCAAGGGCAGCAAGUUGAAUGUAAUCCGCGAUAGCAUCGGCAUGGCUUGGGGGCUGGCUGUCCUGCGAGCUGCAUGGUUACUUGGCGUUUAUCGGCGUACUUGA